UUUACAAACCGCAUAAUUCCCUGCGCGUCGUGCGAUGACAAUUCAUUCAUCUUUAUCGGCAAAAGGCGGGAGACGGCACCCUUUCCCUUCUGAGAUUUCCACCCCGACUUCUCGCCUCUGCCGCUCGUUUGCGGAAUGGCGACUCUCACGUGCGCUUGGCUUCGCGUUCCUCGCUGGCCUCGUGCUGCUGGAUUCCUUGUCUGCUCCUGUGCGGAAAGCUCAAAGGCGAUUCUUGUCUUCCCGCGCAGCGAUAUUAUGCCUCUUCAUUUAUCGUCUCUGCUGCGCCUAGGCUUCCGCGGAGAUGGUGGUGAGCUUCUCGAUCACACGCAUAUUGCUGGUAGAAUACCUUUUCCGAGAGUUCUCCUUGCCGUCGCUAUGGCAGGCGCAUAUAGGGACCCAUGGUGUCGACCUCCCUGGAAACGCCUUUCUUUUCGGUUCUUCUACUGAAAGAAAGACAUCAUAAGUCUGGACUGGUGAAGGGAUACUGCACGCAUAUUGCCCCCCUCACAAUGACAGGCGCAGCA